CUCCACUUUCCAAGUGCCGUGUAGUUCCGAGAUAGACUGCUCGACUAGAGGGGGAGUCAAUGUGAAACAUCGCAACUAGCCUGCAACUACCCCGCACUUGGCCUGACAUGUCCGUAAUGUCCCGGCUCCUUUCGCAUUCUCGCCGCACCCUUGCCCGACGCACACUAAGUACUGCCACUGCCACCAACCUAGUCAAAAUCGUCGAGGUUGGGCCGAGGGAUGGAUUACAGAACGAAAAGGGCGUCAUACCGGCGAGCGUCAAAGCGGAACUCAUCACUCGUCUCGGCAAAGCGGGCGUGAAGAGCAUCGAGGCGGGGAGUUUCGUGAGCCCAAAGUGGGUGCCACAGAUGGCAGGCACUGCAGAUGUGCUUAAGCAAAUGCACCGGUUUCCUGGCGUCGAAUACCCCGUGCUCGUGCCGAAUCAGAAAGGGCUGGAUGCGGUCACUACACUGUUAUCCGAAACUUCAGCCGAUCCUCCUUUGACCGAUGAGAUAGCUAUCUUCACCGCCGCCACCGACGCGUUCACGAAAGCGAAUUUGAAUACUACGACGGACGAAUCGCUGAAGCGUUUGGAGCCGGUGGUCAAGGCAGCGCGGGAACAGGGCCUGCGCGUGCGCGGCUACGUGAGUGUGGUUAUCGCUUGCCCGUACUCAGGAUGGGUGGACUACAAGAGAGUGCGGGAUGUCUCCAAGGCCCUGAUGGAUAUGGGAUGUUAUGAAGUGAGCUUGGGCGAUACAGUCGGCAUGGGAACACCGAGGAAUGUGUCUGAAAUGCUCGAAGAAGUGAAGAAGAGUGUUCCAGUCGAUCGACUGGCGGUGCAGUUUCACGAUACGUACGGCACUGCCGUCGCCAACGUCAUGACGGCCUUGGAACAUGGGGUCCGCACCAUCGAUGCCUCGGUGGGUGGUCUCGGAGGCUGUCCAUACUCACCGGGAGCCACGGGUAAUGUCGCAACGGAGGAUGUUCUAUAUGCGCUGCGUGGAUCACAGUAUCAUGUCGACGGCACGGUCAAUGGGACCAUAGACAUUGACCAGAUGGUCAAUAUUGGUUGGUGGAUCAGUGAGCAACUCGGCCGUGAAAGCAUCAGUCGUGCGGGGCGGGCCAUUCGAGCCGUGCGCAUUCUGAAGCAGAAGGAACAGGAAAGGGCAAAGCUGUGAAGGGUUUAUGUCGGAGUACAUAGAUAUCCAAGUAUGUGUACUAUGAUGUGCAUGGAAAUGGAAAACGUGGUGAUGCGAUCGAUCGAUGCGGACUGACUCCAUCAAAAUUUUCUCUCAUCUUCCUUCAUCUUCCUUGCUCUCCUCCGCUUCGCCUCCCUCAGCUUCAUCAUGUCCUCCGUUGGCACUCUCUGGACUAUUCCCGCCCAAAACACCGGCAAGCUUAUCCAAGCCGUUGCAGCCUUUGGUGGUGUAGCUAUCGAGCUCCCCGCGAGCUACACCCACUUCGAAGAUAACAAGAAGCCUGAGUUUCUCGCCAAGUUCCCUCACGGGAAGAUCCCUGCUUGGGAGGGAAAGGAUGGCUUCCAUCUGUUCGAAUCGGCUGCGAUUGCCCGCUACAUUGCCACUCUCGCUCCGAACUCUGGGCUCCUGGGAAAGAGCAGUGAAGACGCGGCGCUGAUUGACCAGUGGGUCCACUUGGCGGAGUCUGAGGUCGACGCAUACACCAAUCUCAUCAAAGGAUUGGUCGCCGGUCGUCUUACUCCCUACAGCAAGCCGAUUCACAACACUUUUCUCGAGCGCCAGCUCCGUGGUCUCUAUACCCUCGAGAAGCACAUCGCCAGCCGCACCUUCUUCGUCGGCGAACGCAUCACCCUUGCUGAUAUCUACAUCGCGGGUAUCGUCCAGCACGCCGCCAUCUCCAACAUCGACACCGCCGAGCGCGCCAAGAUCCCCAACUUGAUUCGCCACAUGCAGACCGUGCUCCACCAGCCUGCGUUCUCAGGCAUCUUCGUCGAGACGCCGGUGCUUGACAAGGCGCCGACGUUCGUUGCGCCGAAAAAGGAGAAGGAGGCCAAGCCUGCUCCCCCAACCGCUGCGCCCAAGGCUGAGAAGAAGCCCAAGCCCAAGGCCGAGGAGGAAGAGGAUGACGAUAUCCCUGCCGAGCCCAAGGUCAAGAACCCGCUCGACGACCUCCCCAAGUCGACGUUCAACCUCGAGGACUGGAAGCGUGCGUACUCCAACAAGGAGACCCGCGGUCCCGGCGGUGCCAUCGAAUGGUUCUACGAGAACUUCGAUAAGGAGGGCUUCUCCAUCUGGCGUGUGGACUUCAAGUACCCCGAGGAGCUCACGCAGACUUUCAUGUCCUCGAACCAGAUCACCGGUUUCUUCAACCGUCUCGAGGCUUCGCGCAAGUACCUGUUCGGCUCCGUCGGUGUGCUCGGCACGGCCAACAACUCCCUGAUCGCGGGCACUUUCAUCCUGCGGGGCCCGGACGCGACCCCGGUCGUCAACGUCGCGCCCGACUGGGAGUCGUACGAGUUCAAGAAGCUCGACAUCGCCAACGCGGACGACAAGGCCUUCUUCGAGGCUGCGCUCGCGUGGGAUCUCACGAUCGACGGCAAGACUUGGGCCGAUGGCAAGAACUUCAAGUAAUCGCCUGAUCUACUUAUAUCUAUCAUUGGCUGCAGAUACGCUUCGGGGGGUCGGUAGUGAAAAAGAAAGAAAAUGUUGCUGUAACUGUGCAUUGUACAUUGCUCUGUAUACAAUGAUCUUUUAUUAGACUGGCAAGUGGUUCC